AUGUUAAGUGGCAGAAGAACCUUGAAAUUAGUUGGCGGUCAUGCUACCAACAGACUUAGUAAUGCAGUGAAGGCAAACCCAGCGCUGGGAGGUAAUCAAACGGUUGCAUUCGGUGCGACUCGACGGACCUAUUCUGACAUGGUGCAUGAGCAUUUCACCAAACCUCGAAAUGUGGGUGCGUUUGCGAAAACGGAAUCUCAAGUAGGAACCGCGGUAGUCGGAAAGGCUGCAUGUGGCGACGUUAUCCGACUACAAAUCAAAGUCAAGGACGACACUAUUGAAGACGUGAAGUUCAAGGCUUUCGGAUGCGGCUCCGCUAUCGCCUCUACUUCUUUCGCCUCCGAAUUAAUCAAGGGCAUGAAGGUCAAAGAUGCUCUGAAUAUCAAGAACACUGACAUCGCUGAGUCCCUCUCGUUACCACCCGUUAAGGUACACUGCUCCCUACUUGCCGAAGAUGCUAUAAAGCUCGCCAUCAAAAACUACCAACAAAAGCAAGGUGCCUCUGCUAAUUAA